AGUCAGUGUUGAGUGCCAAAUGACUUCUUCCGAAUCUUCCUCCUCAAGUAGCGAGGCUGGCGGCUCGUCAAGCUUUGAAGAGGCUCUAGAGUGGGAGGAUUGGAAAGGGGACAUACCCUUCAUUCACCACGCCAUUGCUGGUUCAUGUGCUGGUAUUGCUGAACACGUGGCCACGUUCCCUUUAGACACUAUAAAGACCCGAAUGCAAGCCUAUUCUGGUGCUGGUGGCAGCGUACGAUUAUCAGCCGUUUUAGAGGCGGUACGGUCUGAGUACGGUCUUAAAGGCUUCGUUCGGGGCUGGGGAGCGAUAGCUACUGGCUGUGUCCCGGCUCAUAUCGCUUUGUUUUCCGUAUAUGAGAAAUUAAAGAACGUAAUGGGUGUUCAAAACGAGCACUGUGCGUAUCGCGUGCCCAAGUCACUGCUAUGUGGUGCACUAGCCCAGUUCGCCCACGAUAGUAUACUAACGCCGAUGGACGUCGUGAAGCAACGGUUGCAACUUGGGUGUUAUCGAGGAACCUUCCACUGUGUCAAGAGCAUGGUACGUACAGAAGGCGCUGUGUCACUUUUCCGGUCCUUGCCUAUAACGGCACUAAUGAACGCCCCACAAGGAGCAGUGACUGUAGCUGUGAAUGAGGCUAUCAAACGUGUAUGGGGAAUAGGAGAGGGCGAUAAGAAUCAUCUGCCGGCCUACUUUAUAGCCGCGGGAAUAGCUGGUGGUAUAGCAUCAUUGACUACCCAGCCCUUGGAUGUUAUUAAGACCCGUCUCCAGACUCAGGACUGUUUGUGUCGAAAGGACCAGACCAAAAUGCGGCCUCAGAUUUGUCCUCGGAAGGCAGCUGCCUUACAGGCUCGUGGAAUCGUCUCAGCCACCGGGGAACUCCUCGUGGACCCUUCUGAGAUCCCAGAGGCCACCAUGGCCAAGCUCAAGGCUAGAGGUAUCGACCUCAAUAACAUCAAAGCGAGCAUGGCCCCUCCGAUGAGGGCAGCCCAGACCGCCCCCCGGUACGGAUCAGUGUCGUCUGCAGCUAAACUAAUAUGGAAAGAGGAGGGCUUCAGAGGAUUCUUCAGAGGCAUGGUACCGAGAUUCUGCCUCGCCAUACCGGCUACUGCGACCUGUUGGGGAACCUACGAGACCGUCAAGGCUCUAUUAGCCCGACUGUGAUCGUCAACUUAGCCAUUCGUUUCACUGCCGUGUACUAUAAACUGGCGGCUCCAAAUGAACCGCAUACAAUUGGAAAGGCAUAUCUAAGCCUCUGCUGUAUUAUACUCACCGUUCGAAGUUUGCUUUCACUGGACUAGCAU